AUGGCAAUCAUUGUAAACGCCGCACCCACGAGACCCAGGUCCACUCCCGGAUGGUCCAAGGAAGCCGUGUUAACAUUGAUUGGGGUCUGUGUGGCGAUCUUUGGCAUCUUGGUCGGCCUAGUAGCCUCACCUAGAGCGAGACGGUGGCUGUGCAGCCCAUUGACACACUUUUCCAACUUCAGACACACGACUGCGCAACGCCAGCACCCGAGUACAGGAUACCAGUUACGAGACCUCUACGAAGAAUAUAUGAGAUUCCGCGAGUUUGGGGAGUUGCACAUGGAAAUGCAAACGCAUCAUUCGGAAUAA